AUGGUGGAGGUGCUACCCGGAAGUGAGGAAGAAUGGAGGGAGUGGUGCUGGGAAGAAAGAGAGAAGAGAAAGGAUGAGAAGGAGAUGAGGGAAGGGGUAAAGGAAAAGGAAGAAGGAGUGGGGAACAAAACGUGGCAGACAGGGGAAAGAAUUAGGAGAUGGGUGGAGGAAGAGAUGGCAAGAAGAAGAGUAGGGUUAGCGGGGCCGAGGAAGAAGGUGGAUUCAGGUGAUAAAGGUGAGCGGAGGGAGGUGGAGGAAGUUGAGAAGGAAGGGUGGAGGGUAGUAGGUAGGAAGGGUGGAGUAGGAGAGGGGGAGAAGAAAGCCAGUCAAGUAGGAGAAAAAAGGGGAUUGGGGGGGAGUGAGGAGAAGAUGUCUAUUGGGCGGGAAGAAGAAAGGGAAGUGGAUAGAAGGGAGGAGGACGAGACGGAGAAGACAAGGAGAUUGAGGGAGAAAGUGAAGAGGAUGGAGGAGGAGAGGGAGCAAAAGGAGAAAAGAAGGAGAAAUGUGAUUUGGAGGGGGCUGGAUGGGAGGGACUCGGGAGAAAGGAGGUGUUUUAUGGAAUGGGCGACGGAGAAUGUAAUGGGAAGGAUGCCGAGGAUAAGACGGGUAUGGGAAAGGAGAGGGGAAGGAGGGAAGGAGGUGGUGUUGGUGGAGAUGGAGGAUGAAAAGGAGAGGGCUGAGUUACUUGAGAAGUAUUGGGAAUUUAGGCAGAGGUGGGGGAUAGGUGUUGAUGAAGACCUCACUAUGGAGGAGAGAAGGAUGAAGUGGAGAAUUAUGGAGAAGGCGAGGGUAGAAAAGGAAAAAGGCAGGGGGGUUAGGACAGACAAUAGAAGAAUUUGGGUUGAGGGAAAGGAGAUUUUCUGGAAUGAAGAAAAAGAGAAAUGGGAAGAGAGAUAG